CUAAACAUUCCCUUUCUAAGGUUUUUUCCAGGUAUGUUCUCCAUCCCCAGAUGGGGAGUGAAGUGCCUUUUCAGACCAUUUUGAAGAUCAGAUGAAGCUGCCGAGCUGUGUUGUAUUUCACAUUUGGACAGACUCUCAUCCUGGGUCGCAAGGCUGCCUUUAUUGUCACAGUCUGUCUGUCUAUACCAAGAGUGUGGGAUUUGGGGUCUCCCCUGUGCCCACCACUGGGGCUUGGGGGGCACCGCACAAUCCCUGCUGAGCUGACCUCUGUACUGUGGGUGCCAGUGAUGGCCUUUGAGUUACUCGCUCUACUCUGGAGCCCGUGCUGGGAGGGGAAGGACACCUGUCCUCCCCCAGAUGUGUAAGAAAAGGAGUGCUUUGCUUAAUUUUCUUAUUGUUCUGUCCCCCAGCUGGUGGCACCUACCUUCCGCAGGUGAAGUCACCACCAGCCCUUGGAGAAGGGGCAGCUGAAGCAGAAAGCUGUGAGGUGGUUGGCAUCAUGGCACAGCCUGAGCCCAGGGCUCCAGGCUUCCCCCAACUCAGACCGUGGUGCCCUGGGGCAUUCACAGGUCAUUGUCAGAGCUGGAAGUCAGAUGGGAUAAUAAAUUGCUAAGGGUGAUGCAAGAGGAACUUCACUGUGUUCUCCUUUCUGUCUGCUAGUGUGUGUCCCAGGCAGAGGGGAGCUGGCACAGCAGCCUCAUGUCAUGUGGCUUGGCUUGCCUGUCCCCAGACGUGUGAGCACCAUAUCCACCAAACCAUGCUGGGAGCCUGUGCCUCCUCUAAAGCAUUUAGCCACAGAAAAAUGUUAUCAAGGAAGCAGCUCACUAAAGGGGAAUGAUCACUUCCCUCAUCCUGCUGCUUACGCUCAUGCAGAUAAGCAAGACAGAAAAAUUUAUUUAAGAAGGUUCAACUCAGGCUGUCUCAACUCAAAAGCCCUGUUUGCCUUUUCCAAGUUAUGCACCUCUUUACCCCUGUCUGUGAUAUUACUCUGCAUUUAAAUUUCUUCUUGCUGAAACUGAAUUAUUCAAGUGUCAUGCCGUGAUGUGUCUUGAGAGGACAUGGCUGUGUGGAUUUCACCUAUUGUUAAAAUCUGCUCCAAGCUGCAAUUUUGGAUUGAGCACAUGCAGAAGAGAUCAAGUAGAUACAGGAUAUAUUCAGUACAAUUCUUGUUUGAUAGAAACUGCUUCUUCCAGGAGUCCUCUGGCACUCUUCCCAGGGAUCUUCUAGAGUGUUUUGAUCCCUGAUUUCAGAGAUCCCUUCCUGCCCUGCUCUGUUGGCAGCCAUGGGGGCUCAUUCUGCUGCCCUGAGCAGGCAGAGCAGAGGAGCAGCUGCUUCUUGUUUGGCUGUUCCUAAAGUUCCUGCUGGGCUGUGUAUUCAACACGUGGGGCAAGGUCUUCCAUGCAAGCUGGGGCAGCUUGGGUGGGGUGGGGGUGUGUCCUGAGGCUCUCUGUGACACAGUGCACCGUGGUCACCGUGGGGUGGAGAGUGUGUUCCAUGGUGACCCUUUGUGACACGUGGUGACAUAGGUGCUGGUGGUGACACGGCCACACUGCAGCACUCAGUGCAUUCAACGGGACCAAGCAGUGCUGUGAACACAGCCCCGUUGUUCCUUGCUUUUCCAAGUGUUCCCUGUGCAGGUGACCUUGAGGCCAGACUGUGGGUUUCAGUGACCCAUAACAUUCCCAAGGCUUCUCUGUGUCAGUGCCCCGAAGGGCAGUCUGCUGGACUUGCUGACCUAGAGCCUUUACAAAAUGUUUCCAUUCGCUGUGGCAGGAGGCCUUCAGGCCAGACUGCAGGACUCAAUGUCCUGUAGCCUUCCCAAGCCUUCUCUGUUCUAGCUCUCUUCAAGCACAGCUCUCUUCAAGCUGCCCUGCAGCUUUUCCAAGGCGUCUCUCCUGGAACUAGCCUUAAAUCCAGACAUUGACAUGGCAGAGGGACCUCCCAGCCCACCCAGGAAGGUGGAAAAUUGCCCUUGUGGUGCCGCACUACAGCGACGUGCUGACUUGGAGCAGCUCCAGCUGCUGCAGAAGAACGCAGCCAAGGACCUGACACCGCUGGAUUCUGCUGGUAGCUGCUGGCGCUCUGUAGGCCAGAUAUUUACAAACCUCACUUGGUGUCGGGAGAUUGUCACCGUGUUUACCAAGGAUGCAGCAGAGCCUGGCCCCACAGCCCCUCAGAUCAUACCUCCUGCUCCCAGCCUGGAUCUUUUUGGGGAGAGAGUUGUCUCCAGCCCGAGUCAAGUGCCAGGCUUUGUUAGGAACAUGCACCAGAAGCUCGCGUCCAGUGAGCCUCCAGACGACAGGCUGUUCAUGGACGUGCUGCGGCUGACUGAGGCACACCCCACUGAUGUCGCGGUGACCCUCCUGCGCUGUGCGCCAUCCUGUGACAGAGGUGCUGCAAUCAUGUGGAAGACCAUUGCCUCAUCAGGAACAGCAGUGGAAAAGGUGCUGCCGACACUGCUCUGUGUGAUGGAUGGCUGGCCACUGCAAAAAAUGUACACCUCUGAUGGGGACAAUAAGGAUGUAUUUUCCCUGGCUGCAACCAGGGUGAUUUGGGAGAUUCUCCGUCUGCCCUGGUGCCCGGAGCCAUUUGCGGAAUAUUCCCCCCAGCUCCUUGUGGCUCUACUCUGCCAAAUUUUCGUCAGUACAGAGCCCAUGCCAGAGGAAGUAGAUGCUUUCUGGAAAAAAUGUCAGCAGGAGCACGGCCUUGCCGCCAAGCCUAACAGCUUUGUAGUGAGCACUGUGAAGGCAUUGUUCCACCGUCUGCAGUGUGUGGAAUUACUGAUGGCAAUGGAACGCAAGUGUGCCUGGGACACACUGCUCCGUGCCGAAACCCACCACUACGCCGUGGGUCUGCUGGCCAGGGAGAUGCGCCGCGUCUGCCUACCUUUCUGUUCCAGCAUUGCACUCCGCCUGCUCUGCCGGCUCGUCAGGGAGGAGCCAUGCUGGGAACUGCCCGCCCUGGCGUUCCUGGUGGAGGUCCUGGAUGGGCUGGACUUGAGUGAAUGGGGUAACUGCAUCCUGGAGCUCUUGACAAGGCACCUGCUGAGCGAGUCCAUGGAGAUGCGCCGCCUAGCACUCAAAGGCCUCGUGGUGCUCAGCAAGGACCCCUCAAUGGCCAGAAAAAUGUGCAGCCUGUCUGAACCUCUUAUGGAGCUACUGAGGAAUGAAGACAUAGAGGUGGUCAAGAUGAGUCUCUCUGUGUUCACAAAUAUACUCCUGAACAAGGAUAUCCUAACAUCCUGCCCCACAGCCCCGAAAAUGGCUGAGGCGCUCCGGCCCCUCUUUGACAGUGACAACAGUCAUGUGCAGCGGCUCUCCAUUAGCCUCUACCGAGAUGUGAUGGAAUCAGUAGUGGAAAAGGGAAAAAAGGGCCUGAAGAAGCAUGUGAGCGAGAGCCUGCUCCCGCUGUUCUUCCACUGCCACGAUGAGAACGGGCGUGUGGCACAGGCCUCUCGGGAAACGCUGCUUACUGCAGUAAACUUCCUGAAGAGAAGGGAUCUCAAGCAGCUACUGAAGAUGGACGACCCAUGGAGCUUUGCUGAGCGUGUGCUGGCAGAGGACAGGUGCCGAGCGGCCGAGCACCUGCGUCUGGCCCUGCCGUACCUGCAGAGCCCACAGGAGCCCCUGCGAGAGGCGGCCAUCAGAUCCAUUGGGAUCGCAGGGAUGCUCAUGAGAGGACAGCGGGAAGAGCUGCAGCUCAUCUGUGAGGCCCUUCAAGCCCUUUGCACAGAUGAGAGCCCCUCCAACACAAACCUGAUAGUUCAAGUCAUGUUGGAUGAAAGAGCUACAUCACUAAGUUCAUCUUCUGGAUCGAGACAACCAGGACAGCCGCAGAUCCCAUGCAAGAGGAGACAACUUGGAGAUCAGAGGAGAGCAUCUGGAUCUCCAGGCCCAGCUGAUGCUGGGCAAACCUGAGCUUGUCUUCCCUCUUUACUGGUCUCUCCUUGCAGCCGUCAGAACCUGCUUGUUCCUUUCUCCUUCUCCCGAGCUCAUCGCUCUGCUUUGCUUGCCAUUAAUAAACAUUUCAGCUUCUUCACCUCA